AUGACAUCGACCGAUACAUGCGACGACGGCUGGUUUGGCCCGAUCGUUGGUACGAUGGGAUGUCGCGGAGGCUUCGACUUUACAGUUGUUUUCGAAGCAAGCGUCUUAACUAUCGCCCCGGCUGCCUGUUUCCUGCUGAUGGCGCCUAUUCGCAUUUUCCAGCUAUCGAGACAGUCCCCCAAGGUACAGUCGUCUGCUAUCCGUGUAGCAAUCCUAGUCCUCGCUGCAUUCUUGGCCGCAAUCCAGAUUGUCAUCCUGGCGCUUGCCACGACGCAGCACGCCGCUGGAAGGCUAGUGUCGCUUGCGGGUACCAUCCUCGAACUUGUGGCCGCGCUGAGCGUAGUAAUACUAGUUGAUUUGGAGUACGUCCGAUCCAUCCGGCCAUCGUUCCUGGUAUCUGCUUAUCUCUUCGUCACGCUGCUUCUGGACCUUGCACGUGUUCGUACGGCCUGGCUGUUACCAGAUUCCCGGGCAUACUCGGCCAGCCUGUCAUUGUCCCUCGCCAUCAAGCUGCUUUUACUGGGCCUGGAGAAUGUUGGAAAGCGAAAAUGGCUGGUAUCGAGUGAGAAAACUAGAUCUAGUGAGAGCACGAGCGGACCAUUUAGCCGAGGUCUAUUCUUCUGGUUGAACGGUCUGCUAUGGACAGGGUACUCGGAGCUACUGACGGGGGAUACACUUCCGUCUAUUCAUGAGAAACUUUCCUCCCGCGAAUUGUAUACCCGGUUUACAGACUGCUGGGCGCGCUGCAACCAGAGUCACCGGAAUGCCUUGCUUCUGGCAGUCGUCAACUGUCUGCGAUGGGAAAUUGCAAGAAUUGCUUUUCCUCGGCUCUGUGUUGUAGGUUUCAGCAUCGCACAGCCAUUUCUGGUAGGUAGAAUUGUCACUGUGCUGCAGCAGACUGACUUGCUCUCGUUGGAUAUUGGCUACGGCUUGAUCGGAGCUACCGUCAUUGUAUUUAUUGGGAUUGCAGUGUCCAGAUCCUCUUACCAGCAUUUGGGGUAUCGCGCUACGACUAUGCUCCGUGGUGGUCUUAUGGUUCUUGUCUAUCAGCACAUGAUGAAUCUCCCUCUGGGUAGCACCGAGGAGUCCAGCGCCAUGUCCCUUAUGGGCUCUGACAUAGAGAUGCUUGCCGAAUACUUCCAGUCGACAGUGUCUGAAACGUGGGCCAAUGUCAUACAACUGGGCCUGGCCACGUGGUUUCUUAAAACUGAGGUUGGCCCUGUCUGUAUCGCGCCCGUGGUGGUAGUAAUAGUCUUCACGGUCAUUUCGUUUUGCAUGGGAAAUGCUGUGACUACUCGGCAGAAAACAUGGCUCCAGGCUAUGGAGAAGCGCAUCAACUUCACCACUAGUGUCCUCGGAUCUAUUCGAAGCGUCAAGCUUCUCGGAUUGACCGAGGCCAUGGCAACAAUGAUAAAUGCCCUGCGUGUGGACGAGCUCAAUAUUUCUAAGAAAUUCCGCCGGGUCCAGACGGUUCGUGUCUGCAUGAUCAACCUUCCACCAAUUGUCGGGCAGCUCUCAACAUUUGCUGGCUAUGCUAUAGUAGCUAAGGUGCAGGGCUCUGGCAAUCUCUCUGUCUCACAGGCUAUCACAUCGCUGUCUCUGAUCAACCUGCUGAUCACUCCGCUCUGCAGUCUCUUGUUGGCGAUUCCAGACACAUUUGCAUCGAUAGCCUGUCUGCAUCGGAUACAAAACUUUCUUAGUCAACCAAAUCGUCAUGAUGUAAGGCAGUUUCCCCAGUUUGUACCAAGUCCCUCCACUCAAUCCACAAAUUUGCCGGGCAUCGAGCUAUACCCGCUUCCACAACUCGUCUCUCGUACUCUUCCUGAGAAUCAAAGAGACAUAAUUCUAUCUAUGGAGAAUGUCAACUUUGGGUGGAGUGCCUCUCCACCAAAUAGAACCUGCAUUACACUCACCCUCCAGUCCUCUCCCACUGGUAAUCUUGUCGCGAUUGUCGGCCCAGUAGGCAGCGGUAAGUCCACCUUCUUGAAAGGCCUUGCUGGUGAGACGCCUGUCCUGCAGGGCAAGCUGUUUAUCAAGUAUCUGGACCUGGCCUUUUGCGAACAGACACCGUGGUUGGCUAAUGGAUCAAUCCGGGAUAACAUUAUCGGUGAGAGCCCGCUAUCUGCGUUCGAUGCUAAAUGGUAUUCCACUGUGGUGACAGCAUGUGGGCUGGAUCUGGACCUCAAGAGGAUGCCGGCGGGCGACGAAACGCUUGUGGGUAGCAAUGGUGCUAAAUUAAGUGGUGGGCAAAAACAAAGGAUUGCUAUCGCGCGAGCCGUCUAUGCUCGCAAACAUAUCGCCUGCUUUGACGAUGUCCUGAGCGGUCUGGAUAACGCGACCGCGCGGCUAGUGUUCAACAACGUCCUCGGCCCGGCUGGGUUACUGCGUCGAUUGGGUUGUACUAUAUUUCUGGCCACCCACGGUACCAAUUACUUACCACAAGCCGACCUCAUUAUUGUUCUGGGGGAUAACGGCCAGGUUCUCGAACAGGGGAAUUAUCCCCAACUCCGAAGUCACACCGGGGGCUACAUCCAGGGACUUGAAAUUCAAUCAAAGCAGAUGGAUGAGGUUGAGGAGACGGCCAACAGUGACAAUGACCGAUGGGAGCCACCGAAGAUCACAAAAGGCCCUCUCAGCGCGCCAUCCCCCCUCGGUAGUCGUCGGCAGACAACAGAUAUAGCUGUUUACAAAUACUACUUCUCUGCUCUGGGCUGGCUGCGAGUCACGGUGUUACUUUUUUUUCUUGUCGUCGAUAGUGGUAUUAAUGGACUCCGUUACAUUUGGGUGGAACUCUGGUCGUCUAGUAGUGCUAGCGCCUUGAACUCCCGCUUGAGCUACUGGCUCGGUCUGUAUGGAGCAUUGGCUGUUAUUGAAGCAGGCGCCCUUGCCCUCGCUGUAUUCUGGACAUGGGUCAUCAUUGUCCCAGCUGCGUCUAAGAAUCUACAUCAUACCGUGCUCCGCGCUUGUAUGAGUGCUCCUUUAUACUUCUUGUCUAAUGUUGGGACUGGAGACCUCGUCACCCGCUUCAGCCAAGACAUGAGGCUGGUCGACAUGAUCCUGCCUCGCGGCUUCAUCUCGACAGGCUUCCAGCUUUUCGGGGCCCUUUCUCAAGGCGCCAUCGCCAUAGCGUCAUUGCCUUAUCUGGCAGCGGUCAUGCCAGUCCUACUCGGGAUUUUGGUCCUGAUUCAGAGGUCUUAUCUGCGCACAUCUCGCCAAUUGCGGUUACUCGAGAUAGAACUCAAGAGCCCUCUCUACACGCACUUCAUUGAAUCCCUGACCGGCAUAGUGACAAUCCGCGCCUUCUCAUGGACUCCAGCAUCCACAACGAGAAUGCUCUCAAUGCUCGAUAUGGCCCAAAAACCAUUCUACCUUCUACUGUGCAUUCAACGCUGGCUUGGGCUAGUGCUCAACUUAAUUGUUGCGGCUCUUGCCGUCAUACUCAUUAGUGCUGCCGUCGCCCUUCGCAGUCAUGUCAACCCGGGUCUACUUGGUAUUGCCCUCGUCAUGAUGAUAGAUCUGGGGCAGAUACUGUCGGAUCUGAUUCAAUAUUGGACGCUGCUUGAGACAUCACUUGGGGCGAUUUCACGGAUAAAGGAGUUUUCUGAAGAUACGCCCAGUGAGGAUAUAAACUCGAACAUUCAGACUCACGAACCGCUCAUGGAAUGGCCAAGUCAUGGGGAGAUCGCAUUUGUAGAUACGAGUAUCGGGUAUAGUAGUCUGGAGGAGUCGAGGCCCAUACUGAACAACCUUCAUCUUCACAUUCGUGCCGGGGAGAAAAUCGGGCUGUGUGGUAGGACUGGAAGUGGCAAAAGCACCCUGGCACUAUCACUCCUUCGUCUCAGUGAGGUAGUAUCAGGGCGGAUACUAAUUGACGGACAAGAUGUAACACUCAUAUCCCGAUCAUCCCUCCGACAACGCAUCAGCUGCCUCAGCCAAGAGGCAUUCCUUUUUCCAGGUACCAUCCGCCAAAACGCCGACCCGCUGAACAUCAUGACGUACACGGAGAUAAUCGAUGCGUUGCGCUGCGUCGAACUCUGGGAUGCUCUUGUAGCACAUCACGCAGGUAAUGGAGAAGUGGUGCUAGAUGCAAAACUGAACGAGAGCAUCUUAUCGCAAGGCCAGAAGCAGCUCUUUUGUUUGGCGAGAGCUCUGCUGAAGAAAAGCAAGAUUCUGAUACUCGAUGAACCCACUAGUAGUCUGGACACAGAAACAGACGCCAAAGUCCAAAUGGUCAUACGGAAAUCGUUCCGUGACUGCACCGUGAUCAUGGUAGCACAUCGAAUUCGCACUCUGCUUGACUUUGACCGGGUCGCUGUCCUGGACAGUGGUCGAAUUGUAGAAGUGGGGCAGCCGUGGGAGUUAAUGGGCAGAUCGGACGGCGAAUUUUCAAAGCUGCUGGAUCUGGAGUCACGAGCUAUAUAG